AUGCCCACUAGUUGCACUGUCACCGAGAGAGAAAGAGAGAGACAAGAGUGUGAGAGAGCUGAAAGGGUGAGAGAAGAAAGACGUGAGAAUGAGAUAGUUUUUAUUUCGUUUUCAUUUCAAUUUUGGGAACUUUUUCUUCGAAUUCUUCGUGCAUGGCGACCAAAACACAAGGACAUUGACGAGUCGAGCCCUUCUCUAGCCAAGCAAGUCGAUGGAGUUGACGAGAAAAAUCCCAGAAAACUCUCGAAGGAUUCUUUGCCGGAGAAAUCUCCGGCAUCAAGAUAUGUCGAUUGCAGCGCCAAAAAUAGCUGGACUGUCGAUGGAUUGCCUUUAGGGCACGGGAGCGUGGUUGGUGAGCCAAUUCGUCGUAAUCAGUGGGAUUCUAGCCUCUUCGCUUGUCUCUUGCACAACAAUGAAUUCUGUAGCAGCGAUCUUGAAGUUGUUGCGUUGAAGAUGUCUUCUUUAAGGCCCUGCCACUCGCUGAUGCACAGUGCUAUAAUGGUUGCUUAAAUAAUUGUUGAUGCAAAGCUCCAUGCUGAGUUUGAGGAGUUAGACACUUGAAAGUUAGAUUACCGAACACUUAUGCAACUUGCUCAUAUCAUAUCUGGUCUAUGAACCUUCACUAUUAUAAGCAGUUCAAAUUGUUUAUGCACAGAGGUUACUACAUGUGAAAUUCUAUGGAGGUUGCAUCACAUCUGGUUUGCAGCAUAUAAAUUAUGCCUUAUUGCAAUUAGUUUUCUAUUUUUUUUUCUGCACUGUAUGUGCUAAAUGAGCUUAUUCUUUUUCAUGAUUAAGAGAAAUUGAGUAUUCAUUUCAAAUUUUGUAUUCAAUGAUGUGGUCUUAGAUGAAAUUUGUAUUUCUUAUUGUGAUGAGUUUAUGUAAGUUAGACAAGAUACUUCAUUGGGGUAAAGAGGAGCCAAAUCAAUUAUAACAUUUAAAGUUGAAUGAACCUGAGAUAGAACUUGUUUCUUUCUAGCAAUACCACGUGGCUGAUUCACUACAUUUAUGAAUAAAUGAGGAGAUUGAGUAAAGACAUUAGUUGAUUAUUAUGACUAGUUUAAUAUUUUUUUU